UGCAAGACGAAGCGUGAAGUGCACUGUGUGUGCGUGUGUGUUUUUGUUUUUGUUGUUGUUGUAUUUGUUUUUGUUUUUGUUUUGUUAUCUGCUAUUUGUUGGCAAAAGCAUGCGGAAAAUCUGAACUGCAAAAGGCUUGAAAACUAUUGCGCAAGGCGGCCUAAACAGAAACCGUAUCGCUAUCAGUAUCACAAUAUCAGUUACAUUUUCCACUCGUGUGACACUUUUCAAAGUGACCAGUGAAAAACUGGUUGAAUGCGCUGCCCUAAAGCACCGUGCUCUGCCUCUUCUCCUCCUGCUUCUCCUCGUUUCACCUGCGUCGCGAAGAACGCGGUCAUGUUCAUUUCAUGAAAGAGAAAAAAAAAUACAUCACCACCUGCAUCAUCAGAACGACAAGCAUUGAAGACAACAACACAGCUCCAGGAUGUCGGACAUUUACUACUGCAGUAAUAGCCAGAUUAAAAAAUCAACUCGCGAUGCGGAUAAAAAUGUUGGCGGUGGCAAUUCGACAGCAACAACAAUAACAUCGGGCACAACAACAACAACAACAGCGGCAGCAGCAGCAGCAGCUGUUGACAAAAAGAACAUCAACAACAAUUGUAGCAAUCGCAAUGCCAGCAAAGACAAAAGCAAAGAAAUACAAACAAAUGGAGGCAAAACCAAUUGGAAGGGUCUCGUCCAAAGCAAUCCAAAUGGCAAUGGAGCACUGGCGGCAUCAACAGUGUCUCAGCCACCCAAGGUUUUCCACAAUACCCGCUGCACGCGGCACCACAAGCCCCAUCACACUCACACCAAUGGCGGAGGCGGAGGAGGCGUAGCAGCUGCCACAGCUGUAGCUGGAGCGGAUUUGGUACAGCAUCGGGAGCAGCACCACCAUCAACCACAACAACAGCAACAGCAACCGCAACAACAACAACAACAGCACCACCUGCACAUGCACAGUCACAGUCAUAACCAUGCACAUCAUGGACUGCGUCGCAAAUCCGAAUCCGUGCUCUCCACCGACUCGGACAUACGUUUCACCCGACGCAAGCUGGGCGACAGCCAGAAAUGUGGAUGCGCUGUUAUAGCCGGUUUCCUCAUUGCCCUGCUGGUGGCCGGCGCCUUUGUCUAUGUGGGCUAUACAUACUUUCGACCCGAACCGUUGCCGGAUCGCGUGUUCCGCGGCAAGUUCAUGGUGCUUAACGACAAGUGGAGCAUGGAGCUGGCGAAUCAGAACUCGCUGCGAUUCCAACACAAGGCCCGUGACUACAGGGAACGCAUCAAUCUCACACUGCGUCGCUCCGACCUGCGCGAAGCCUACGAGGGCAGCGAGAUUUUGGCUCUGGAUGGCAGCGAGGACAACAACAACAUUGUCGUGCACUUCAAUAUGAUAUUUGAUCCGUAUGCUGGAUUGGUCAGCAGCGGGGAGCUGCUAGCACUGUUCCACGAGGAGCUGAGCGAUGCCCAGAGUCGCCACUUCGCCAACAUGACAGUGGACGUGUCCAGUGUGAGCAUUAAGGAAACCACCGGCUUGAUUGAGGAGCCCAUCAUGUCCAGCUCACCGCUGGGUGGCAAUGACGAGACCACGGAGCCGGCGAGCACUACACCACGUCCAUUGCCACGUCGCUGUGAAUCCUUGCAGCUGACUUACUGUCGCAAUGUGGGCUACAAUGUGACCACGUAUCCAAAUCUGCUGGGGCAUGCGAACUACGACCAGGUGGCCGAAGAUGUCAUUGUAUUCCGCGAACUGGUGGACGGCGAAUGCUUCCGGGAAGCCUACGACUUUGUCUGCCGUCUCCUCCAGCCGCCCUGUGAAACGCACGGCAUCAGCGUGGAGCCCACUCCGGGCGCAAUCUGUCGGGAGUAUUGUGAAGCCUUCAUGGCCGGCUGUGGCGGUCGAUUGCCCGCCCGCUUCCGUCAGCACUUUGACUGCGAACGCUUCCCGGAGUCCACGGGCACACAGUCGUGUCAGCAGAAGCCUCACUGUGUGGGCGACAUGCAGAGCAAUGUGCAGAGUCCACGACUCUGCGAUGGCUAUGCCGAUUGCCCGGAUCUGUCCGAUGAGCGCAGUUGCGCCUUCUGUGCUCCCAAUGCCUUGUACUGUGGGCGUGGCCGCGCCUGUGUGCCGCGCAAGGCGCGCUGCGAUGGCAAAGCCGAUUGCCCGGAUGGCGCCGACGAGAAGGAUUGCUUGUCGAUUGCUCCCUUGGCCGCGGAUCUGCUGCAGCCGGACCCAAUGGUUCCAUAUUUGCCGCGCUUCCAUGCCGCCGGCUAUGCGGUCUUCUCCGAGAAGGGCGUCGUGGGAAAGCUCUGUGCCGAAGGCCUGGAAGGUGAUGCCAAGCUGGUGGUGCGUCAGACCGUCUCCGAGUCCCUGUGCAAAUCCCUGGGCUAUGAGUCUGUGGAAAUCUUUGAUGUGCAAAAUGAUACGGAACAGCUGUCGGAUUAUGUGCGUGUUUUGGAUCCACAUGCUCCAGAGAUCAGCUUCAUACGUACGCACUGUCCAAAGAGGCAGGUGCUUUAUGUGGGCUGCGGGGAUCUGCGAUGCGGAGUGCAAUCGGCACUGCCAAAUGCCAAGCAGCAUUUGUCGCUGCCCAAGAUGUCCGCUCCCGGGGAUUGGCCCUGGCUGGUGGCACUUUUCCGCGAGGAUAUACAUGUCUGCGAUGGUACGUUGAUAUCGCCCGAUUGGGUGCUGACCACGGAAAGCUGUUUCCAGGGUCAGCCCAGGGCCACCUGGAUGGCCAUAGUGGGUGCAGUGCGUCUGUCGGCCAAAGCGCCAUGGACCCAACGGCGUCGCAUCAUUGGCAUGAUCAAGAGUCCUGUCGAGGGCUCAACGGCUGCGCUGGUGCGUCUGGAGACGUCCGUUAGUUACUCGGAUCAUGUGCGUCCCAUUUGCCUGCCGGAUGCACUGCAGCGCCAGCAACAGCAUCCGCCCAUGCAACGGCGUGCCUAUGUGCCCGUGGCGGAACGCCUGGAAGCUCCAUCUGCCCCGACGCAGGGUCAGCGUCGUCUGGCGCAGGAGACGCAACAGUUCUUCCUCAUACCCUCGCAGCAGGAGCAGCCGGAAGGCUGGGGUGGCAGCGGCAACAGUGCCGAGGAGGAGGGGGAGCCCGCUGACUAUGAUUACCCGCUGGCCGAGGCAGCUGCCUCCCAUAUGCCGCAUGCCGAGGCACUGCAGCAGGUACCCGAGACGCUGGAUCAGCAAUCCCAGUUAAAUUCAUACCCCCUGCCCGACAAAGCGCCGCAGGUCAAUUACUAUGGCGGUUCCUCCUCAUCCUCCUCGUCAUCCUCAUCGCAGGCAACCAAAGCCACCAAAGCACCCAGUGCACCUGAACAAAUCUGGACAAACUGCAACACGCUCGGCUGGUCCCGGCAACGCGAUCAUCUGCAACGCGUCCAGCUUAAAAUUGGAGACAUGGCUCCCUGCGAGAAUGUCUCCAUUACGACGGUGAACUCCAUGUGCAUGGAGGCUACCUACCAGAAGUACGACUGCACGCAAGAGGAAUACUCUGGAGCGCCCGUGCAAUGCCUCAUACCGGGAACAAACCAGUGGGCAUUAAUUGGUGUCUCAUCCUGGCGAAUUGCCUGUGGACCGACGGGCGUGGAGCGUCCAAGAAUGUACGACAAGAUUGCCUCCAAUGCAGAUUGGAUUCGGGAGACGGUGAAUGCGGUGUAAAAGCCGUGUAUUUUGUAAAAAAAAAAAAUAAUAAAAUAAAACUAACGUGUAUUAUG